GUCGACAGAAGUAAAGUAGUAAAAAAAUAUGAAUUCAUAUUUUGAACAAAGCGGUUUCUACGGUGGACACCACCACCAUCAAUCGUCCGCUGGACAUCACCACGACCAGAAUACGGUGGCGGCUGCUUAUAGGUUUCCAAUUGGCUUGGGAAUGUCACCUUAUGCGUCUUCGCAGCAUCAUCACCACCACGGUCUUUCGCAGACAAGAGCUCCACAGGAUAGCCCUUACGACGCUUCCGUGGCCGCGGCCGCCUGUAAACUCUACGGGACCGGCAGCGGUGGUGGAGGUGGCGGCGGUGGCGGAGCAUCGGACCAGGCGGCCGCUUCGGCUGGACUCAACUAUACUAAAACUGAACCUUGUGUAAAAAGUGAUUCGUCGGCAACACAUCAAAAUGGAUAUUCAUCGUCGCCUAAAGACGUAGUGUGGCCGGGAAAUCCCGUGUCCGCAGCUAACGGUUCGUUGUUAAGACCAAACGUAUGUACCCCCGAAUCCCGUGUUGGAUACGGUUCUGGGAACAGCGUGAGUGGCCUGGAAGGUGGUGCAGGCACUAGUCCUAAUUCAGCUCGAAACUCAGUAGGAUCAUUGUCGGCUUCCUGGAACAGUUGCGCCGGUAUCAACAACAACGGCCACCAGCAACAGGCGCUUCAGCUCAAUCAACAACAGAAUAAUCACACGUUCUACCCUUGGAUGGCCAUUGCAGGUCAGUCAAUAGGUACAGACGAUUUUUUUAUGAUUUUAUUAUUUUAGUUUUUUUAACGUAGU